AUAUUAUUUCGUUCCAAACAUAAGAACAUACAUAUUAAGUUUCCUCAUUUGUCUUUCUUCUGUCUUCACCGGGUUUUGUAGUUUUACAAAAGGCGAAAUGGCGGGUGAGCAAAUGAAAUCAGUUGCUUCUCUUCUUCUGGUGCUCAACUUCUGCAUGUAUGUGAUCGUUCUAGGGAUUGGAGGAUGGGCCAUGAACCGAGCCAUCGACCACGGAUUCGAAAUCGGCCCUGAUCUGAAGCUGCCAGCACAUUUCUCCCCAAUUUAUUUUCCGAUGGGAAACGCAGCCACAGGAUUCUUUGUGGUGUUCGCGUUGCUGGCGGGUGUAGUUGGUGCGGCUUCCACAAUCUCAGGUCUUAGCCACAUUCGUUCUUGGACCGUGGGAAGCUUGCCAGCUGCAGCCGCAGCUGCAACUAUUGCUUGGACCCUCACACUCCUUGCCAUGGGAUUCGCCUGGAAAGAAAUCGAGCUUCACGUGCGAAAUGCAAAACUGAGAACCAUGGAGGCGUUCUUGAUCAUACUCUCAGUCACGCAGCUUCUUUACAUCGCCGCUGUUCACGGCGUGAGGAGACCUACUUAAGGAUUCAUGGAUGUUUCUACUUUUCAAGUUAAUCAUCCCGAAACUUGGGAUUGAGUAUGUGAGUGUUUGUGUGUGUGUGAUUUUUAUUUUAUAGGAAGUUGAGCAAAAGCUUAAGUUAAUUCAAUUCAUGCAUUCUUUGUGUACAAAAGGAUCAGAGCUUGUUUUGUGUGUGUGUCACUUUGUGUUCAUGGAAUAAAAUUAAACUUUGAGGCUUGAA